AUGUCCGACUCUCAGCCUUCCCAGGCCCCCGCCCCACAGAGCCAGAGCCGUGGUGGUGGCCGUCGGCGCGGCCGCGGAGGAGCUCGCCAGGCCGAGCAUUCACUCUCCGAUGCUCCAGAUGGUGCCCCAAGAGGACCGCGAUCAAGAGGCAGCGGACCGCGGCGCGGUGGAGGUCGAGGGGGUCGUGGCGGACAGAAUCGCGGCAUAAGCAAGCCGGAGACGGCGGGUGACGUCGACGGCCACCGUGCAUCGGAAACUACCACAAGCACAGAUAAGGGAAAGGCUUCUGAGGAGGCGGAAGAUGAUGCUGAUGACGGCGAAAUUUGCUUCAUCUGUGCCUCGAAGGUCGAGCAUAACUCGGUGUCGCCGUGUAAUCACCGCACCUGUCAUAUUUGCGCUCUGAGACUGCGCGCAUUGUACAAGAAUAAAGCUUGUGCUCAUUGUCGGACUGAAGCUAGUUACGUUAUCUUCACAGAUGACCCCGCGAAGCGAUACGAAGAUUUCCAGGACAGCGACUAUUCCCAGAAAGAUGAUAACCUCGGUAUCAAAUAUGAACAGGAUGAGAUCUUCGAGGAUACAGUCCUGUUGCUCCGUUAUAACUGUCCAGACCGCAACUGUGAUGUUGCUUGCUUGGGAUGGCCCGACUUACACCGUCACGUCAAGACUAAGCAUGGUAAAGUGAUGUGCGAUCUGUGUACUCGGAACAAGAAAGUUUUCACCCACGAGCAUGAGCUGUUUACACACGCUGAGCUGCGCAAGCACGAAAGGCAUGGCGAUGAUGUCCCUGGAGCACUUGACCAGAGCGGCUUCAAGGGUCAUCCGGAGUGUGGUUUCUGUCGUCAGAGGUUUUACGGAGAUGAUGAACUAUAUGCUCAUUGCCGUGAUCGCCACGAGCGAUGUCACAUUUGCGAUCGACGAUCUACAACCCGCCAGCACCAGUAUUACAUCGACUACAAUGCGCUGGAAAGCCAUUUCCAGACAGACCACUUCCUCUGCCUGGACAAAGAGUGUCUGGAGAAAAAGUUUGUGGUCUUCGAAUCUCAAAUGGACCUGAAAGCCCAUCAACUAGAGUGUCAUCCGAACGGGCUAUCAGGACGAGACGCCCGCGUGGACAUGACUGCUUUCGAUUUCAGAACGCCAUAUCAGCCCCAGCAGCGACAACGUCGUGGAGCUGGCCGCGGGCGAGACCCGAACGCGGAAACGGCGCCUUUGUCAACUGUGCAACCACUGCGACGAGACGAGAUUGCUUAUCAGCGCCAGAUGGCCAUUCAAAGCGCACAGUCCGUCUCAACACGGAGCUUCGGUGGACAGCUAUCUCGCGACGAAACGCAGACCGUGCGUGCCCCCGCGCGCUCCUUAGGACCUACCCCUGCUAGUACUCCACCCGUGCCUGCAACGCCAGUGAACGAGCUUGAGAACCUUAGCAUCACAUCAGCCACCCCAGAGGACCAAGCGCGUCGUCUUCGGCACUCUGCAGUUAUUGAGCGAGCCUCAAAUCUCCUCGGUAAUGACCCAACGAAGCUCGGCGAAUUCCGCACUCGAGUAUCCAGCUACCGUACCGGUGGCAUCUCCGCAACCGAACUAAUUGACGCCUUCUUCUCCCUCUUUGACACAUCUAGCUCUGAACUAGGUAAGCUUAUCAAAGAGCUUGCAGAGAUUUAUGAGGACUCCAGUAGGCGCAACGCCUUACUGAAAGCUUGGAAUGACUGGCGUGCCAUCAACGAGGAUUAUCCCGCACUUCCAGGACCGGGCGGUAGUAUCCCAGGCAUGUCCCCCGGUACCACGAAUACAAGUGGCACAGGCGGCACAGGCGGACGACGAGUCCUGCGUUUGAAGUCCUCAACAGCGCAGUCUUCUCGAGCUGCUGCCGGCAGGAACGGAUCGUCAUCCUCCUCAACAACCAAUCCAUUCCCUCCUCUCUCCUCAUCACGGCCUACUGCACGUGCCGCUGCAGCCUCCUCUGCAUGGGGAGGCUCUACGGUCACUGCACCCCCACCACCACCUCAAUCACGAACCUACGCAAACCCCUCAUCUCGCACAAGCAACGCCCCCUCCACAUCCUCAGGCCGCGUCAACACCCGCGACUCAGAAGCCUUCCCCUCUCUCCCGGCUGCCCCUAAACCAAACGUCCUCAUGGCUGGUCUAACGCGCGGUACUGUCCGCUGGGAUGAUCGCCGACCACAACCAGCAAAUGCUUGGACAUCGUCUGCUGAUCCGGGACCUGGCUCUUCUUCGGAGGACUUCCCGGAUCUUUCUGCUGGCGGAGGGAAGAAGGGUAAGGGAAAGAAGGGCAAACAAACGCUUUUCCAUUUCGGUUGA